CUGCGUAACGCGGAAGUGGCGUCGCCUCCCAGGGGCGGCGAUGGGGUGCCGCGCGGGAGCCUAGCUGAGAGUGAGGGGCGUGCGCAUGCGCGGCUUGGGGCCCCCCAUGGCGGUGCCAGGGCCUGCUGUUGCUCAGGAGUCCCCGGCUGAGGAGGAAGAGGACGCCGACGAGGAGCUGCUCCAGCUAGAGACGGAGCCGCCGCGGGUGGAAGUGUCCCACAGGGCCGCUCCGGGGGCCGCCGUCCGGCUCAGCCAGGCCUCCUCGGCGGAGUUGGACGAUGAGGGCGAAGGUGGCGAGGAGGAGGAGUCGGAGCCGCUCCUGGGCGCCUCCGUCCGGGGCAGGGAAGGCCUCGGUGCCGCAGCACAUACAGGAAUUAUUGGAUGUACUGCAGAGAUGAAUUGUUUCUUGGAUGAUGAUCCUGAAUUUGGUGAAAUCAUGCAGCGAGUGGAACAAGCCAUAGAAUGUGGGGUUUUCCCAGAAAGAAUCUCCCAGGGGUCCAGUGGGAGCUACUUUGUCAAAGAUUCUAAGCGAAACACUAUUGGAGUGUUUAAACCAAAAUCUGAAGAGCCUUAUGGUCACCUGAAUCCAAAAUGGACCAAAUAUUUUCACAAAAUCUGUUGUCCUUGCUGUUUUGGUAGAGGUUGCCUUGUUCCUAAUCAGGGAUACCUCUCUGAAGCAGGUGCCUGCCUUGUGGAUAGUAAACUGGGAUUAGGAGUGGUACCUAAAACAAAGGUUGUCUGGAUUGUUAGCGAGACCUUCAACUACAGUGCAAUAGAUCGUGCAAAAUCAAGAGGCAAAAAAUACGCUUUAGAAAAGGUGCCAAAGGUUGGCAAAAAAUUUCAUCGCAUAGGACUACCUCCUAAGGUUGGCUCCUUUCAGCUGUUUGUUGAAGGCUAUAAAGAGGCUGACUAUUGGCUCAGGAAAUUUGAAACAGACCCUUUACCUGAGAAUACAAGGAAACAGUUUCAGUCACAGUUUGAAAAAUUGGUUGUGCUUGAUUAUGUCAUCAGGAACACUGACCGUGGAAAUGACAACUGGUUAGUCAGAUAUGAAAAAGAAAAUGAUGGAAUAGACCUUUCUGAUAAGGAUAUCCAGUGGAUAAAUGAUAAAGAAUCUAUUAUCAAAAUUGCAGCGAUUGAUAAUGGUCUAGCUUUUCCUUUCAAACAUCCUGAUGAAUGGAGAGCAUAUCCAUUUCACUGGGCUUGGCUUCCACAAGCAAAAGUCCCUUUUUCUCAAGAGACGAUAGACUUGAUACUUCCUCGUAUUUCUGACAUGAACUUUGUACAGGAUCUUUGUGAAGAUCUUUAUGAACUCUUUAAGACUGAUAAAGGAUUUGACAAAGCUACGUUUGAAAAUCAAAUGUCUGUGAUGAGAGGACAGAUACUUAACCUUACUCAAGCACUGAAAGAUGGGAAAAGUCCUCUUCAGCUUGUUCAGAUGCCUCGUGUGAUUGUGGAGAGAAGUCAAGGUGGAAGUCAAGGACGAAUUGUUCACCUGAGCAAUGCAUUUACACAGACUUUUCAUAGCCGAAAGCCUUUUUUUUCCUACUGGUAGAAACAAGUAAAUAUCUUCAUUUUAGCAAGACUUUUUUUGACUGCGUAAAAGUUUCAGAAUAAUAAGAGUUCUGCUGAAUACAGAGUGCUGGACUGCCAAAACCGUGGAACAUAAGUUUUGUAUUUUUGAAUGUAAUAAGUUUACAAUUUGUUUGAAAUUGUGAAAAUUUACAUCAGGGAAAUGAGGAGCUUGUCCUAUACUGUAUUUUUUAUAAACAGUUCAAUGUUUUCCUUAUUUAAUAUUAAAAGGGGAAAAAAAUAAAGUUUACAAUACCAAAGACUACUUUCGAUUAAAUUGUAGGAAUGAACCGUUCUGUUGCAUAUAAAUAUCAGAAAUCAAAAUCCAAUUUCAUUUGCUUGAAAUUAAGCAUGUUUUCAUUCCUCUGUUGGAAAGUUACUUUACAUUUCAUCUUAAGUUACCAAAUUGCUACAUGAGUUUUUAUCGAUUUAUGUACUCAAGCAUCAUAAAAUUGUUUCUUGAUCAGCUGAUUGGUACCUGGGAUCAGUAAUAUUAUAUAAGUAUGUGAAAAACUAAGGGCAGGUAGAUUUAUUCAAUUAAGGAUCACUUUUGCACUGUAUAAUUGAAAAAAAAAACUGGUUUAUUGCAUGAAAUGCGUGUACCAGUAUAUGCUGUUUUGUGUUGCAAGUGGAAGAGACCAAGCAGAUGUUUCCAUUAUUUUUCUCUGUAAAUGUAAGGCUUGUCUCUCUCCACAUGAACUGAGUUAUUGACAAAAUUAAUCAAAACUUCUAACUUGUCUGGAGAAGCAGGCCAACCUUCCUGGCUCUUUUGUCACAAUAGACCAGGAUGGCAUAUUCACAGUUCAUUUAGUUGUUCUACCUCCUUGCAAAAGAAGCCAAGCAGGGGCAAUCAAGCAUUAUCACAUUUUGGAUUAAGCCAGAAUUGUGAUUUUUUCUUAGCACAUAAAUGGGGCCAGUGCCAUAAACCCAGAAGAAACAAUUAUUUCAUAAUUUGCAGCACUUACCUCUUCAGUGGAUGUGCACAUGACAUGUUCUGUUUUGUAGUUAGUUGCAAUCUGUUACUCACCUUUCCCCUACCUGUGCAUAACGUAUAAUGUGCCAUUCAUGCUUCAUAUGUACAUUAUCUGUGCAGACAGCAUUUCUGCUAACAAAUGGAUUUUUUGAGUGCAUCCAAUGAGUCUCUAAAUCUAUACGGGUCCUGGGUUCUUCUGUGGCACUCGCUGUUAUAUUUGAACAUCUUCAUGCAUCUUUCCAUCUGUAAGGUACCUGCUUUACUAUUACCAUUUUGAGUUGUUGCUUUCCUUUGGGUGAAAAAUCCAAUUAUUGUAGGCACAUUGAGUCAAUGUUGUUUAUGUAAGCUUUGACAUACCAAUGAGAAUUUGAUUCAGUGGAUCUAUAUUAGUGGGGAGUAGCCAUUGGAUUUUAGGUCUUUGUGUUUUAGGAAAGUGGAUAAGUGCAUGUUAAAUUCCUCUGUUUCUUACUGUGUCUUAAAGUACCUCCAAAGAUUCUUUUGUUUGUUGCAGACCAAGUUCAGGAUUAGAGUAACACUAGUGAGAAUGCUUACACAGCUUGACUCUGGUGAUGGUUGUAUGCAUUUAUAUAGAUAUGCUUUAGUCUUGAUACUUCUGGUUCAUUUUUAGGUUGAUGUAUUGAGAAAAUGAAUUACCAUAUAUAUAUAUAUAUUUUCUUAAAGUAAAUCAAUAUUAAUGCUGCAGUUCCACCAUAAUAUAUAUUGAAAGACCAUUAAUGCUAGUUAAAUUGAUAAUGUGACACCAAAGUAGAUAACUUCUAUUGCUAACACAUUGGUUUUCUCUCUACUGUCUCCUGGAUUUAAGUACCGUACCACCUAAAAUCUGCAAAGGAUUCACCUUGUACAUUCCUAUCCAUUUGUUGUCACUCCUCAGCUGGUUCAAUCUAUUUUAUUGGCCUUAAUGUAUGUAAAUAUCAAUGCCAAGGGUAAUUUGGGAUACAGAAAUGAGUAAUACGUGCUCUAAACUCAGUGUUGAAAAUCUCAAAUAAUAUCUGUAGCAAAAAUUGCUUCUAUGAGAGUUGUGUUUCAUUACUUCUAGUGAUGCUGUAUCUUAAGCUGCUGAGCAAUACUCUUGAGCUCUCCAAAUGGGUCUAUUUUUAAUGAUUUGUAAAGUGGUAGUAAAACAAUGUAGCAUAGUUGGAACAAUUGACUUGAUAUACUAAGCCUUAAAAUGUAAAAGUUAUUGUGGGUUCAAAUGACAAGACAUGUUCAUGAAUUUACUGUGGCUUCAAAUUUUAUCAACUCAAAUUUUUAAAGAAUGUGCAAGACUACCUUACUUUACUCUUAAAAUAAUAAAGAUCAUGGUCUGAAGUACA